CUCCUCCUCCUCCACCUCCACCUCCACCGGAGUGCAGCUCUGUUUUUCCGCCGCUGUGGCUCGACUCUCCCCGGGUUCAUCCUGUCACCGGCUCGGACUCUUUGGAUCUGGACCUGAGGUUCUGCUGGGACCAUGGGGGACGUGGUUUCCUCUCACCUGGAUGAGAGCAGGCGGGAGAUGAUCACAGCUCGGACCAGAGAUGUGAUGAAGGAGUUUGCUGAUGUGUACGAGCAGCAGUAUCCCGUGGCUCUAUUCAACAGCGUCCGCUACGAGAUCGAAGGAGGAGGAGGGACGCAGUCACAGCUGCUUCACCGAAAAGAUGCUCUGGCGGGCAGGUCCAUCUUCUCAGGGAAUCUGUUUCAGUAUCUGGAGGAGAAUCGGAAGUGGAGGAAUCGCUUCGUCUCAGUGCCAAACAGCUACACAAUCAGCCUCUACGAGAGCAAAGCAGCACAUGAGCGAGGACUGCACCCCAAAGUGACCAUCAGCUGUGCUGGGUACAAGGCCUUGACCUCACUGGACGAGUACAUGGAGCUGAUGAAUACCAGCCUGCCAGGUAUCAAGGCCAAAGUGGGCAGCAACCCUUUUAUUAAAUGUGCGACUCAGUUCCCCCUCAUCCUGUGGCAUCCGUACGCUCGCCACCACUACUUCUGCGUGAUGACAGAGAAGGAACAGAAGAAGUGGCACGCCGUUCUGCAGGACUGUGUCCGACACUGCAACAAUGGUCUGUCAGAGGACUGCCCAGUUCAGACACCAGCCUUCACCGACGCUGUCCGGCUCCACAGACAAGCCAAGGGUCACUAUGGGACAUGGGAUAUGAUGUGUGGAGAGCCCCCACAGAUUCUGGCUAAUUUGGUGAUGGAAACACUCCACCCAGAGCUGAGAAAUGUAAUCGCUCCUCGUCUGAAGGGGAAGAUGCAGCAGAGACAGAGGAACUGGAUGCUGAUCUCCGACGCUGUAUACAAGCAGGUUUUACCUCAGACCAAAGGCCAGUAUGAAGCUUUGGUUGGAGUCUGUGAAGCCCAGAGAGUCAAACUGGACGCCACUCUGCGAACAGACAUGGACCAGAUCAUUACAUCGAAAGAACACGUCAGCAGCAAGAUACGAGCGUUGGUGCUACCCAAGGCGGAGCAGCUCCUGCGGACCAGCAUCCAGCCCUACAUCAGCUCCAUCCUGGAGGCCCUGAUGGAGCCCACCAGCCGAGGCUUCUCCGAGGUCAGGGACGUCUUCUUCAAAGAGCUGGUGGAGAUCAGCAAGAACUCGCUCAAUGGAGGAGGCAAAGAAAAACUGGGGGAGCACAUGGAGCGGCUGUCCAUGCUGGCCUUCCACCCGGUGAAGAUGCAGAGCUGCUAUGAGAAGGUGGAGCAGCUCAACCUGGAGGGUCUGCAGCAGAGGUUCGACGUCUCCAGCCCCUCUGUGUUCGUCAGCAGAGCUCAGAUCUUAAUGAGGGAGCAAAUGGACAACGCUGUGUACACAUUUGAACAGCUGUUAAACCAGUCACUGGAGACUCAGGGAGAAAACGACCUGUGCAAGACGAUGCAGAAAUGUCAGGACCGAGUUCUCAAGAAAUACGACUACGACAGCAGCACGGUGCGUAAGAAGUUCUUCAGAGAGGCUCUCCUGCAGAUCGUCAUCCCCUACAUGCUGCAGCAGCUCUCUCCUUCCUGCUCACCGGAGCUGCCUCGAUUUAAGGAGCUAAUCUUUGAGGACUUUUCCCGUUUCCUGCUGGUGGAAAAUAUGUUUGAGGAGGUGGUGUUACAGUCCGUCACCAAAGACAUAAUGAUGGCCGUGAAGGAAGCGGCCGUCCAGAGGAGACACAACCUCUACAGAGACAGCAUCAUUCUGACCAACAGCGACCCCAACCUCCACCUGCUCGGAGAAACCGCCGCCGUGGACUGGGCCGCCAAGUUUGGGACCGAUGAAGCUGACGGAACCGCUGAGGGCGGCGGCAGCGGCGAAGGAGGGGGUUCUGGGAAAAGACGCAGACAGGUGGUGUCCAUGAUCCAGCUGGAUGGGGUUCCUCUGCCCUACGAGUCCUGCCUGGAGGUCCCGGGGGUGGAGCAGAUCCCAGAGGAGGACGUGGAGAGCAAAGAGGAGGAGAAGGUGGAGGAAAAAGAGGAGGAGGAGCAGGAGGAGGAGGAGCUACCUGCAGAGCCGAAGUCCCCCGACAGUGUGAAUGAAAUCAGGGACCUGAUAAACCCGGUGGUGGAGGUGGUUCUGCCGGCGUCUGAGGAGAACCAGGUCAACGGGACGGAGCCCACCACCGGCACCAUCACCAUGGACGACGGGCUGGAGGAGGAAGUGACACACGUGACCACGGUUGUCGACGACGCCCCUAAGAAAUCCGCCAAAACGUCCGCGCAGACCAUCCUCCAGCAGCUGAUCGGAAACAAGGAGGCGGAGACCGAGAAGCAGCGCCAGGAGGAGGCGGACAUCAAGAACGCCAUCGAGGAGAUCGAGAUCGCGGUGCAAGACGACGACGGCGGCAAACAGGUCCCGGAGUCCGACGUGGAGUUGUCGCCGCCGCCGCUGAAGGUGACGCAGCUCACAGACUCCAGCUCACACGAAGACAGCGGCUUCCAGUCACCGACCAAUGAGGCGCCGGAGGACGGUGAGCCUGAGCCAAUCACAAACGGUCUGAACAGAGCGGACCAAAUCAUCGACCCCGCAGAUGUGGAGGUGGCGUUAGCGUAGGAAAACAAGUCCGCACGUUGACUCUGAAACUGGAGAGAAGUGAUGGACGCUAAUAGAGCUGGAACUGGAAGUGUCACAGUUAAAAAAACAAACAAAAAAAAACUCUCCAUCAUCUCCUGGACUCUCAUCGUGUCACUUUUUGUUGGACUUGAUUUGUCUGCAGCACUAAAAGGAGAGAAAACACAACUUCUCUUUAUAUUUUCUAUAUUUCUAUUUCACCCAUAAAGACCCAAACGUCCACCUUUAACCAAAUCCAUCUACUGAUCUAAACUGUUUAAUACCUGCUGAUCCAUUAAACCUAU